AUGGAGCAAAUCGAGUUUCGUGCUGUCAUCAAAUUCCUUACCAAGCAAGAAAAACCUCCUCAAACCAUUAUGAAUGAGAUGGAAACUCUUUAUGGGGAUCAGUGCCCUGGUAAAACAAUGAUUUACAAGUGGCACGGUCCUUUCAAACAUGGCAGAGAAUCAAUUGAAGACGAUCCUCGCCCAGGACGGCCAGUUGAGGCCACCACAUCAGACAAUGUUGAAAAAAUCGAAAAAUUUAUGUUGGAAGUUGCCCGUCUGAAGAAGAAACAGCUGUCUGUAUUAGUAGGAAUAUCAGACACUACCAUUUUGACGAUCCUACACGAUCAUCUUGGCAUGACGAAAGUCAGUGCAAGAUGGGUGCCGAGAAUGCUCACGCCGCCUCACAAGCAACAAAGAAUCGAUGCAUCAAAGCACUUCUUGGAGCUGUGUGGCGCAGAACCUACCCCAAUUUUGGAGCAAAUUGUUACUGGAGAUGAAACUUGGGUUCAUCACUUUGAGCCCGAGUCCAAACAGGAGUCAAUGCAAUGGCAUAAAAAGGGUACACCACCCCCUAAGAAGUUUAAGGUGUCGGAAUCGGCUGGAAAAAUCAUGGCUGCGGUUUUUUGGGAUUGUGAAGGAAUUUUAUUGGUUGACUACAAAGAAAAGGGGGUCAAUAUAACGGGAGAAUAUUACGCAAGAACAUUAGAGAGACUGAAGGAAGCUGUCAAAGAAAAAAGGUGGGGAAAAUGGACAAAGGGUGUGUUGCUUUUGCAAGACAACGCACCGGUUCACAAGAGCAAUGUUGCGAUGGCUGCUCUACACAAGUGUGGCUUUCAAUCGCUGACCCACCCACCUUACAGCCCGGACCUAGCCCCCAGCGAUUAUUAUUUGUUCCCAAAUUUGAAAAAAGAAUUACGUGGGAAAAAAUUUCGCGACGAUGAAGAGGUUAAGGCAGCAAUUUUAGCUCAUUUUGAGAGCAAAGAGAAAAAAUAUUUUUUCGAUGGCAUAGAAAAGCUAAUUUCGAGAUCUAAAAUAUGUAUUGAGCUCAAAGAUGAAGAAGAUAGAAGUUGGAUACAAGGAGUUGGAGGUCUCUGCCCUCCAAGGUUGGAGACCGAGGGCAGAGGUGAAGAGCCGGAGAGCAGCGGGUUUGGCGUGGAGAGGUUGACUUAG